AUGAACAAAUUUUUUCCAGGUUGGUACUGGGGUGCCAUCUCUGCCAGUGAGGCCCACUCUGUCCUACAGGGGGCAUCGGAGGGUACUUUCCUGAUACGGGACAGCAGCCACCCUCUCUAUAUGUUGACACUGUCUGUUAAAACUGGUCGUGGUCCCACGAACGUCCGCAUUGAGUAUAGUCUCGGACGUUUCCGUCUGGACUCCACUUCCCCGGCCAAAUCUCGCCUGCAGUCCUUCCCUGACGUCCCCAGCCUUGUGCAGCACUACGUGGACUCCAGGAACAAAGGGGAGGAGGAAAAGACUGAGGAAUUGGAUCACGUAACUUCACCAGCACCCAAGGAAUGUGCGGUGUUGCUAAAACUCAAAAGGCCGAUCCAUCGUCCUCAAGCCUUUCCUUCUUUGCAACAUCUCACUCGCUUGGUAAUCAACAAACAUACCACUUGCACAGAAAGCCUGCCUCUACCGAGACCAUUACUUAAGUAUCUUCAGGAUUACCCUUUCCAGCUCUGACAUUGCCAUGGAAACGCACACCACGGCCAAUCACCAGCUGGAUGCUGAUGUUUUGGAGGCGGCAAAUUAAAUGCACAGCCCCAAUCAGAAGUUUGAGUCAAAAAAGCAGUGUUAAUCACUUGAAGAGUGACUCUUGUUUCUGGAGCAGGUUUUUGAUGGUCAGCAAGUCUAUCUUGGUAGAUGGAUCUUUUUUUUAUAUACCAAAGUGGGACUGAGUCAAGCCAUGUCCAGAAAUUGACUCGUGAAGAAGCAAGACGUGACUCAACCUUCGUGUCAUACUGUUAAAAGCGUGAGAGGUUAAACCACAGGCUUGGGGUUUAAGAUGAAUUUACUUUUGUACGGGUCACGUGACCCCUUUAGGAACGGUUCAAAAUGAGAAACUCUGAGCUCACGAGAAGUACAUACAGUACGUAGCUUGGUUUUCAGCACUCUAUAAAUGCGAGCUUAGUCACUGAACUGCCUUGACUGGAAUUGUUUCUUUCCUUGAAAGUGAAAUGCAGUGAAAUGUUUUUUUAAAUCCAGAUUUACAUAUUUUUUUCUAUGCCCACAAUGUGGAAUUUGUAUGUAUUUAUGGAUGAAAAAUCCUUCAUUUUGUAAUAAAAGUGACAAUCAAAU